AUGACUAAUUUUACCACAGUGCGUGAAGCAUCACCUCCUUCAACAGAGGCCGAUGGAGCCCUGAGGAUUGUCCUCUUGGGGAGGACAGGGACGGGCAGAAGCUCCUCGGGCAACACCAUCCUGGGCAGGUCCGCCUUCUGGGUCGACGUCUCCCCCAGUUCUGUCACCACACAGUGCCAGAGGAAGACUCUGACGGUGGACGGGCGGAGUAUCUCUGUGAUCGACACUCCAGGUUUCCUCCACACGCACCUGUCCCCUGAGGAGGUCUUGGCAGAGGUGGGACGGUGUGUUGCCCUGUCCUCUCCGGGACCCCACGCCUUCUUGGUGACCCUGCAGCCCGGCAGGUUCACCCAGGAGGAGAGGGACGCCUUGGAGUGGAUCAAGGCCACGUUUGGGCCCGGAGCCGCCAGGUUUACCGUGUUGUUGUUCACCUGGGGAGACCAGCUGCAGGGCAAACGCAUCGAGGACUUCCUGGAGGAGAGCGACGAGCUGUCGGAAUUUGUCAGAAGCUGCCAUGGGGGGUAUCACGUCUUUGAUAACAGUGAACAGGUCAAGACAGCGGAGAGCCCACAACAGGUCGUACAGCUUCUGAAGAAGAUAGACAAGAUUGUGGCGGAUAACGGAGGCGGUUGCUAUAGCAACGAGAUGUUCAAGGAGGCUGAAAGGGCCAUCAGAAAGGUACAAGAGAGGAUCCUGGUAGAAGGAGGACACAAGGUGGAGUCCCUUCAGAGGGAGGCUGAAGAGAAGCAGGGGUCACAGUUAGAGAGGAGGGAGGAAGAAGAGGCCAGGAAAAGGGCUGAGAGGCUUUUCUGGUCCGAGCUGGUGACUGCUUUGGGGAGAGGUGCAGCAGAGGGGGCAGGGAUCAUGGGGAAAGACAAAGAGAAAGGGGGGAAAGCUGUGAAGAAGGUGACGGUGGUGAAGAAGGCAGCAGCUCUGGCAGCAUCGCCGCUCUCCAUCCGCUCAGCAGCAAGAGCGGUGGAGGGAGCUGUGAGAGAAGGCAGUAAGGUGCUAUUUAAACACAGGAAAACUUUACUGAACUGAGGGAGGCUGACUCUGACUGUUCAAUGAGGAGUUGUCAGGAAACACAGUGGAGCCUAUGGUCAACAUAGAGGUGAUGUGUGAAAGGUCACUUAGCUGUUUUUUCACUGUGCAUCAUCCAUCUAAUGUUAUCAGUCUAUGUUUAAUACCAGCACAAUGCAUCAGCACAUUCAGACCAUACUGUUAAAGAAGAAUAUAUGUGUGUGGGGGUGUUUGUGUGUGUGUGUGUGUUUAUGUGUGGUCCCUACAGUUAGGUAAACAACCUGGUGUAAAGUUGUUCCCAUACCGAUACCAGUAUUGGAAAUUCCUCCAGUACUUCCUAAAAUGCGGGAUAUAUGCGAGAACAUGUGUCCCCGGAAUGGGAUCCUGCUGCUUCCCAGCAGUGUCCUGUCUGCUGUUUUCCCCCACGGAUAGCGUAAUCAUCACCUGCUCUACUGACAGUAAAGUACAGGUAUCGGUAUC